CUGCCUAUGUGUCAGUUCCUCUCAUUCCCCCGGGAGGGGAGUUUCGGGACCCAGGGGGCAACGAGUCUCGCCUUCUUCGGACCAAUGUCGUUGCGAGCAAAAUAACACUAGAACUAGUUACGGAAAGAGGAGAAAAAAAAUUCAAUAAAUAAGGGAGCCAUGCCGCUGCUGCGUACCGAGCACUAUGCUGUUACGUAUAUAAUGACAUCCUCACCAUCCGAGGUGUUGUCCCAUCGCCGUACCUUCACCAGAAAUCAUGACUAGUGAUGGGGCCAACGGCCACACGGCCGUAAGACGGCCAUUGCCAUGCGGCAUCUAUGCUCCCACCAUGACCUUUUUCGAUCCCGAGACCGAGGAGCUCGAUAUCCCAACAAUAAAGAAGCACGCCGAGCGUCUGGCCAAAGCCGGACUCGCGGGCUUAGUUACUAUGGGAUCCAACGGAGAGGCCGCUCACUGCACGCGCGAGGAAAAGGUGGCCGUGACCCGCGCUACCAGAGAAGCUCUGGACGCUGCUGGCUUCACCACGACGCCCAUCAUCGUCGGGGCAACGGAGGGUAGCGUUAAGGGGACCAUCGAACUCUCCAAGCAGUCCCAGGCAGCAGGGGGCGAUUAUAUACUGAUUCUGCCUCCGAGCUACUUCCGCGCCCAGAUGGACGAAGAGGCCAUAGUAGGAUAUUUCAACGCCGUCGCAGACGCGAGCCCACUGCCGAUCGUCAUAUACAAUUACCCUGGCGCAGUCGCCGGUAUUGAUCUCGACUCCGACCUACUUAUUAAGCUGGCCCAACACCCUAACAUCGUCGGGACCAAGUUUACCUGUGGCAGCACCGGGAAGCUCACUCGUGUGGCCCUGGCUACCGACGCCAAAACCCCGGCCUCGGAAGGUAGUGGAUACAUGGCUUUCGGAGGCAUUUGCGACUUCACAGUCCAGACGCUGGUAUCGGGAGGGAGCGGAAUCAUUGCGGGCGGCGCGAAUGUCAUGCCCAAGGUCUGCGUCAGGGUGUGGAACCUGUAUUCCGAGGGGAAGAUAGACGAGGCGAUUGCACUACAAAAGCUCCUCUCGCGAGGGGACUGGUUCCUGACAAAAGCGGCGAUCGCGGGCACCAAGCAAGCAAUCCAGAGCUACUACGGCUACGGUGGUUAUCCCCGGCGUCCGCUCAAGCGCCUCGAUCAAGCGAGGAUCGAAGCCAUCGCGGAGGGGAUACGAGACGUGAUGGAAGUCGAGAAGACCCUGUGACGGCAGUAAAACGGGUUGCCGGGACACCAUUCUAUGAAACCCUCAGGGACUGGCUUUAUGCUGUCGAAAUUAGCCGCGUGGCCGUUGAUCGCCCCAUAUACCUAGAAAGUGCGGGGUUUGAAUCCGGGCAGACGGGUGAGGCUCGUGGAGGGUGGAAAUACACAGCAUCCAAUUCGCUCUCGACUUGG